AUGAGGACAUCGUCGCUGACCACCUUGUGGUUAUGUUACGGCUGUUACUUGGUGGUGAAACUAACUGCAAUACAGACGUGGGCGAAUGAGGUGAACAAUGGGAACGCGGAAGAGCGUGCCUUGACUAUCUCCAGCAUGAAUAGACUAUUCUACGCGACCAGUGAGUCAAACCUAAGGGGCAACAGACCUUUUCCUCGCCAAUUGACUAACGAUGUAGACUCUUAUUUGCCUAUUCUCAUCUUCCCGCAGACCAUGGCACCCACCUUUGAGCGAGGCUUCCCCUCUAUCCUAUCAUUCGCGCUCGCGGCCGUGAUUUUAGUCCGUAAGUUCCCCCAUUUUAACGACCCCCAAGUGCGACCUUCAGGACAAACUGACAGGGAACCCUUCCAGUCAUUGCGGAUUUCUUGCACAAGCAUCAGCUGUGACAAGAAGCAAAAGCUGCUGGCGAACAAGCUGCUUCCGAAACUGUCGUGGAGGGAGAAGUGA